GACCCCGGGGAGAGCGCCAGGAGUUCGUCGUCGGCAUGCUGCGGCACGCGUGGAGCGGGGGCUACGCCCAGCACUGCUGGGGCAAGGACGAGCUGCACCCCCUGUCCAACACUUGCGAUAACGGCUGGCGCCUCGGCCUCACUCUCAUCGACAGCUUGGACACGCUCUACUUGUUCGGCAUGGAUGCGGAGUUUCAGGCGGCCAGAGACUGGGUGGCGGACCGGCGCGCCCUCGACUUCGGCCAGGUCCGCAACGUCAACCUCUUCGAGGCGCGCCCC